AUGGCGCCUACAUGCGCUUACUGUAACGCUAGUUGUCAUGUUAUAAUACUUUAUGGAUUAGCUGAUAACAUCAAUGAAACACCUGCUGAAAAAGACAAAAGUCCCGAGAGAAGAGGAAAAGAAAAUGACCAGGAGCUGCCUGAUGCUCCGAAUCCCAGGCAGCUCCUGUCAAUCAUUAAGGAGCAACGAAAGGCUCCAAGAAGACAAAGUGAGUGCGUAGUAGUAAACGUAAGGGAUAGAACCGCCACAACAAAGAAAGUAAAAUUCAUAAUCCCACUCGAAAGUGCUGAAGAGCAAAGCUGUAUUCAGGUCACAGCGACUGAGAAGGGGGUCUUUGUUACAAGUGUCCUUAGAGACGAGGUACAGAAUGAAGAAGUGAUUCUAACAAGCGGACAAGAACUUCUGACCAAGCUGAAACUGACACUGGAAAAGGAAACGCCAUUCACAUCUAGAAGAUCAGACGAAUUAAGAGCCUCUUUUAGAUUUUUUCCGAAACUCGGAACGGUUAAAGAAGACGACGAAUUUCAGGUCCGUGCAGAUGACAGGAGAUACGGAUUAAUCCAGUCCGAUUCGGAGGCGGGGAUCUCCGACUCCGGAUCGGACUGGUCGGGCCCGGAUGUCUACAUGGAAUGUGACUGUGUAACGCCGUUGAAAUAUCUUCUCUGUUGUCACUGUUGCCGGAAGCGGAGGCCUAGAAAGACUCCCACAUUCUCUGUGAAGUGGGUAGAGGAUAAGACAAACACAGGAGGAGAGGUGAAAGACGACACUAGAGUGGACGAAUACGAGGAAGACAAACCAAAACAUGUAGGGAAAAUGAAGAGAUUCAGAAAUUUUCUGAAGAGAAUAUUUUGUUGUGGAAGGAAAAACAGUGAGGAAUAAAGACCGUCUAGCCUGUUCAUAUUAU